AUGAGCCACCAAAGACUUUCUAGAAGUCCCCACUUUGGUUGGCCACUCUCCCGUCUAUCUUCUCUUGUGGCUUGUUGCCUUGAUGACCUGAAUCGUCUUGCUCCAUGCCCACAGCCAACGACUGGGUUGACCGAAAGUUGGCUAAAAUAUCGUUUUGCCCACCCUUACUCUUCGUCUUCUUCCCCCAUUCCCAAGGUCUCCAAAUGGAGAACGGCUCCUUUUGCUCGAACUGUCAGUUCUCACUCGUUCCGCAUCAAUUGCAAUGACCGUAGACCUUAUUAUGCCGAUGUGGAUUGA